GAGAACUGGAGACAGUCAGGAGCACACGGUGAGAUCAGCCAGAGUGGAAACAAAGAACUUCAGACUUGAGACUUGACACAUCCAUCAGCAUUAAGCAGAGAUGACCUCACUUUGCAGGAACCUGGUGGCUCUUCUCUUUUUUGUCUUGCCUCCCAUGCAUUCCCAUUUCUUCACCAAUGCUGCGUCUGCUUCCCCACCCAUCACCCGUCCACGGAUCAUACACAUAAUUGACACAGGCUCAGAAGGCCAGGAUGAUUAUGACUUUAAUGACGAGGAAUAUGACACCACCAAAGCUCCUCCUAGGGUGGUGAACGUCCCACAGAUUCACCAGAAACCCCAGCUCUGCGAGUACGACCCCUGCUCGGAGAACCAGGUUCCCUGUGCUACACUUUCAGAGCAAACUGGGUGCCUCUGCCCUGGGAUGAGUGGAGCUAAUGUACGUCCUCAUCCACCACGUAUCCAAGCGCUGGUGCCAGUCAGUGAGGGGAGUGACAGAGGGAAAAUACAGGUGCAGUGGUGUGCUCCAUCUUCAGUGGUAUCUGAGUACGGAAUAGUCAUCGAGGGAAGGGACGGUGAAGUCCCAAAGUUUGGGGAUGCUUCACGGCGGGGUUUGGUGACAUCUUUGGAAGUGGGAACUAAAGUGUGUGUGGUGGCAGUAAACAACGCAGGAAUCAGCGCUCCUUCAGAUUUUUCAUGUAAGCGGUAUGAAUUUCGUGAAUCUUCUGACCACACACUGAUGGCCUGGAUCAUAGGAGGAGGAGUCGCUCUCCUUUUACUGGUUGUAAUAGCAGCUCUGAUCUGUGGGAAGUAUAAGAAGUUUCGAAAGGGAAAGCGUGACUCUACUGAUGGACUUACUAAAGUACAUGUGGAACACUGUGAUCUGGACAAAUGCAGUUCUGUAGUGGCAUAAUCAGUGACUGUAGAAUUUAAAUAUUAUUUAAACUCCUUCAAGGAAUGUGUAAAUAUGAGUGAAUAUGACUGUAAAGUUGAGGAAUAAUGUUAACAAAUCAUUUAUUAUGCUACUUUGCAGCCACCACAGUUUUAUUUGCUGGCAAAUUAACCUCUCUAGAUCUGUAAUAUUUUUUUAAUCUAUCAAAGACAGAAUGUAAAGUAAAUGUUAUUUUUUUAGAUAGACACUGCUGAGUGCUUUUUUAAAAAUAAAAUCAU